CGGCAGCGCGGCAGCUGCGCGUCCUCCCGGCCAGUGUGAGUGAGCAGGACGUGUGCAGCGGUAAUGGCUGCCAGCGAGAGUGAGGAAGACAACAAAUGACUCCCCGACAAGCGACUCCAAGUGAGGACUAGGAUGGUAAGCAGCCAGCCGAAGUACGAGCUAAUCCAGGAGGUGGGGCGUGGCAGUUACGGCGUCGUUUAUGAAGCAGUGGUGAAGCGCACAGGAGCCCGGGUGGCGGUGAAGAAGAUCCGCUGCCACUCUCCGGAGAAUGUGGAGCUGGCCCUGCGGGAGUUCUGGGCUCUGAGCAGCAUCCAAAGCCAGCAUCCCAACGUCAUCCACCUGGAGGAGUGUAUUCUGCAGCGGGACCAGCUGGCCCAGAGGAUGAACCACGGCUCCAGCUCCCCGCUGUACCUGGAGCUGGUGGAGACGUCGCUGAAGGGAGAGAUCAGCUUUGACUCUUGCUGCGCCUACUACUUGUGGUUUGUCAUGGACUUCUGCGACGGAGGCGACAUGAAUGCUUACCUACUGUCCCGCAAGCCCAGCCGAAAGACCAACACCAGCUUCAUGCUGCAGCUGGGCAGCGCGCUCGCCUUCCUGCACCGCAACCAGAUCAUCCACCGCGACCUCAAACCAGACAACAUCCUCAUCUCGCAGGCCUGCACGCCCACCGGCUCGUCCGAGCCCACCCUCAAAGUGGCAGACUUCGGCCUGAGCAAGGUCUGCUCCACCUCCGGGCUCAACCCCGAGGAGCCGGCCAGCGUCAACAAGUGCUUCCUGUCCACGGCCUGCGGGACGGACUUCUACAUGGCCCCGGAGGUGUGGGAGGGCCACUACACGGCCAAAGCAGACAUCUUUGCGUUGGGGGUGAUCAUCUGGGCCAUGGUGGAGCGCAUCACCUUCGUGGACGUGGAGACUCAGAAGGAGCUGCUGGGGAGCUACGUGCAGCAGGGCUCCGAGAUCGUCCCGCUAGGGGAGGCCCUUUUAGAGAAUCCAAAGAUGGAGCUGCCCAUUCCCGCCAGGAAAAAGAGCAUGAACAGCCACAUGAAGCAGCUGAUCAGGGAGAUGCUGUCGGCCAAUCCUCAGGAGCGGCCGGACGCCUUCGAGCUGGAGCUCAGACUGGUGCGUAUCGCGUGCAGAGAGCUGGACUGGGACACGUGAUGGACGGGCCGACAGCAGCAUGGACCCAUCAAGCACAUGCACACCUUUCAUCAGUUACUGUCCACCCUGACGGUCGUUUAAUUGGGAUUGAUCUUUUCUUUUUUUCUUUGUAUUUGUUGGUUGUGUCUCGGUUUGAACACCAUUUACGGACAAAGCACAUGAGAUCUUUUAUUAGCUGUGUCUUUAUAUUGAAGGAGAGAGUUGUGACAGCCACCGCUGCUGCUCCAAGCUGCAGCUUCGUCUCAGGCCUCGUAUCUCCCCAACCACUUCCUCCUUUCACAAUCAGAACAAAAUGAUCCCAAAAGGUCCUCUAACUACAACUAAAUUCAGAGUAACAGUCUCAAAUACCAUCCUAAACCCGGUGCUAAUGCUUACAGAAUGCAAUACGAGAAUGUCCUGUGACACUGUUCGUUCCUUCAAAGGGCAGAUAUCAAACCCCCAUCACCUCAGUCUGUCGUUCAUGCCUGGUCCUUACCACCAGCAUGAAUGUGUUCAGUGGCCACAUAAAGUUUGGGGUCUAUAUUAGCAUCAAAUGCAGUUAUGCCCUGAAUGCUCAGGUAAGAAAACAUACAGCAGGAUGAUAUUUGCAGACAAACGUGCUCUGUUGACGUCACUUUUGCUCCACGGUCUUGAAAAAUACACAACGUUGGUGCUUUCUCUUUCAGGUGCUCUUUGGUUCAGCAGGAGAACGUUUAUCUGCACGUUUUUCUCACCUUCUUUCUUUUUCACCUUUUCAGUCAUGCAGAUAACUCCGGUGGACACACCACGAAACCAGUUGACCUGAAUGUAUGUCGAUCAAAAGCAGUCGCUUCCAUGUAUCAACGGCCUUAAAAUUGAAAAACCUCCCACAGGCAGUGACCAGAAAGCCUGAGGGUCUGUUCCCGCUUAUCACCUGGGGUUUAUGGUCAUAGCUUUUUCGUGGUGGAGGUAACAACGUUCUGGCCAAAGCCGGUUUUAGUCGCCCAGUCCCGGAAACAGUUCCCUGACUUCAGAUUCCGCAUCAGAUCUGUUUCCUGUCAUUAUUUCCAGCUCCGCUUUCCCUCCAACCAUCUCAUCCAGAACAGUUUCAGGCAAACACGCAUCCAAAUGGGCUCUUUUUUUCUUGUAUUUGAUUAGAUUUGUUUGUAGUCUUAAGAUGUUCAAAAUGGCGAUUUUGACUUAGAUGAAAAAAAGAUUCAAUAAAAAGAUUAAUAAUAAUAACACUAAUAAGCACUGCCAUUUGUAUUGAUGACAACUAUCCAUUUUUUUUUCCUAUAUUAGCUAAAAUCCUUUUCUCACACUGAAAGCAAACAAUCAUUUUAACGCUUUCAUGUAGGGCUGCACGAUUCUGGACAAAAUGAGAAUCACGAUUUUUUUGCUUAGAAUUGAGAUCACGAUUCUCUCACGAUUUUUUUUUCCAAUAUAAAAUUUAUUGCACUUAUUACUUUAACUUUGCAACAGCUGAACAAAAAUAUAAAAACAAUAAACAUCUCUUG